AUGAGCAAAUCGAACGUUCUUCGUGUUGCAACCUUUAAUAUUCGGUAUGAUGCCUAUUGUGGCUUACCUGCUCCGUCUACAGAGAAAACUAUGAAAACUUCUGGUGAGAAACCUUGGUCUAGUAGAAGAAGAAAAGUUGCCGAUACCAUACUAUUUCAUAGAGCUGAUAUUGUUGGUCUGCAGGAAGUUCUUAAGAACCAACUUUCGGAUCUUGAGACUUUGUUAGGCCAAGACUGGCAAUGGGUUGGAGUGGGUCGUGAGGAUGGGAAAGAAGCAGAUCUUAAUUCCAAUAUUAUUUUACAGACACCCGAUAUUCCUGGUAGUAAAGAUUGGGACUCUGGCUUACCUCGCGUUGUCACUCAAGCAAGAUUUCAGGAUCUGGUUACGGGCCAAAAGUUUUGGUUCAUUAACACUCAUUUCGAUGAUAAGGGGCCUCGCUCGCGUGAAGAAAGCGCAAAACUUAUAUUACAAAACUCUCAAGAUUUAUUAAAGUCAUCUGAUAUAGUUUUUCUGACUGGUGAUUUCAAUUGUCAAGAAGUUGAUGAACCUUAUAAAUUACUCACCGGAAAGAAAUACGUAAACAAUAAUGAUAAAUCACAAUUAGAUCAUGCUUUAAUACCAUUCGGUGAUACACGAUAUGAGAUUAGUAACCGAUCAAUUGAAACCUCUUAUGGUUUCUCCAAUACCUUUACAGGGUUUUCAACAAGUAUUGAGCAAGUCAGAAUUGAUUUCAUCAUGGUUAGUAAUAAUAGUUUGGAGGAACAAAAGAUUAAAAUUUUGAAUCAUGGGACGAUGCCUAAUCUGUACGAUGAUGAUUUGUAUAUUAGCGAUCAUCGACCAGUUAUUGCUGAUUUUAUUUUUUAA